ACUGUUGCUGUUGCCUUGGUUGGGUUCGGUUUAAAGUUCGUGGCCAAACAGUAACCUUGAGUCUUGCCGUCCUCUGUCAUCUAUCCACGCCUGAACCCGAAAAACUCUGAAAGCUGAGCUCUGGUAAUGGCGGGUUUAGCAAUUUCACCUCCUCUCGGUCUUUCCUUCUCUUCUCGAACUCGAAACCCUAAACCCACUUCCUUUCUAUCUCACAAUCAAAGGAAUCCUAUAAGACGUAUAGUUUCUGCUCUACAGAGUCCAUAUGGAGAUUCUCUGAAAGCUGGACUUUCUAGUAAUGUUUCUGGAUCCCCAAUAAAGAUUGACAACAAGGCUCCAAGCUCACUGCCUCUUCCUAUCUUGAACAUUCUUAAGUCGUCAACAGUGUACUUUAUAUUUGGAGUGAUAGAGGCGAAAAAGGGAAACCCCCCAGUAAUGCCUUCAGUGAUGACCCCUGGAGGACCUUUAGACCUCUCUUCUGUGUUAUUCCGUAACCGCAUAAUCUUCAUCGGGCAACCAAUUAACGCACAGGUUGCUCAGCGAGUCAUAUCUCAGCUUGUAACCCUUGCAUCUAUUGAUGAUAAAUCCGACAUCCUGAUGUACUUGAAUUGUCCCGGUGGCAGUACUUACUCCGUCCUAGCAAUUUAUGACUGUAUGUCUUGGAUAAAGCCUAAAGUUGGAACAGUGGCGUUUGGAGUAGCUGCAAGCCAAGGAGCACUUCUUCUUGCUGGAGGUGAAAAAGGAAUGCGCUAUGCAAUGCCAAAUACUCGUGUCAUGAUACAUCAACCACAAACUGGAUGCGGAGGACAUGUAGAGGACGUGAGGAGACAGGUCAAUGAAGCCAUCGAAGCCCGACAAAAAAUUGACAGGAUGUAUGCAGCUUUCACUGGACAACCUCUGGAGAAAGUGCAGCAAUACACUGAAAGAGAUCGUUUCUUAUCAGCAUCUGAGGCGCUUGAGUUCGGGCUCAUUGAUGGUCUAUUGGAAACAGAAUACUGAAGCAGCAUACAGGACAAUGCACAACAACAGCUCAUUGCAAUGUUCAAAGCUUCCAUUUUCAUUUGAAUAUGAACGGUUGUAACUGAUAUUUGUGCAUAAAUCAGUUUGGUUUUCUUGGUUUUAUUGUCUACUAAACAGAAUGAGAAAACUAAACUGUUUAUUUUUUUACUGAAAAAUCUGAAAGUUGUGUUCUAUUUUUGUUUACACACGAUAACCAAGCAAACCGGAACUUUAUGGAAAAACCGGAUUGGUUAGGUCCAGCUUGUUACUACUUAAUCCUAUACAAUGCCAAUGCAUAUGUUGCUUUGGUACAUAGAAUUGCCGGAAAUUGGGAACAGUAGU